AUGGUCGAGAAGCUAGCCACUAAGGAAAUCCGAAGCACUACUGAGCUCUUCGAGCUCACAGACAAGUGCGCACAGGUUGCCAAGGCCCGAGAGCGUCAGAUUGACGCCAGGUUGCGGCUAACCUUCGACCAGCCUGCCUCCUCCAAAGGGGUCGGUCGGAAGGAGAAAAGGAAGAACAAACAUGCCCACGACCUGACCGAGUGUAAGGUCGUGCGGGGCAUCAUCGAUAAGGAGCUUGGAGAGCGUAAAUCCAGGCACGACGAAGAUGGUGAGGAUGGGACUGACCCCGACCAGUCGGCACUAGGGUACCACGCGAGCCUGCUACUCCCGGCGGACGCGCGCGCGGAAGGGAUCACGGCGGAGGCGAGGAACGGCGUGCUGUACGUCACCGUGCCGCGCACCGGGGAGCGGAAGAGGAACGUCACCGAGGUGAAGGUUCAGUGA